AUGGUCUCCUCUUCGAUAUAUGCCAUCAACGAAUCGGCUCCGGCGGAGUGGAAAUACAACCAAAUUGGCUACACUCUCGUCGAGUGUCUGAUAUCUGCUAUCUACAUUUCAUCACUGAUCAUACUCCUCAAGUUAAAGUCUAGCGUGAAGCAGCGGCGAGUCAUGACGGAUCUCAUCUAUGUCAAUGGUGCAGUCGUCUCAUUCGACAUCUUGACGGUAAUCUUGGUAUUUCUCAAUCAAACAGGCAUCAGUCAUCCAAUCCAGACGUGUAGCUAUAUCUUAAAGUUUAAGCUAGAAUUCAUGGUGCUCAACCAGCUCAUGGCUGUUGCUGCGCGAGGAAUACAGAAAGACAGUUUUGCAGAGCGACGCUAUCAUCAUCCUGCCAUUUCCAGCGAGAAAGAAUCAUCCUCCAGAUCUGCCGCCAGCACCAAAACUCCAAGGGGCCGAAUAGAAUCUUUUCCGGACGAGUCAACGCCAGGAUCUGUCCAAGAGCUUGUGGUGCCUUCGCACGCUUUGUCAAAAGCCCAGGUCAUCCAUGAUGAGUCUCACCCUCAGAACAUUCAAGAUCGGGCUGACCUGGGGGAAUGGCCUUUGAGAGCAAAAAUCAAGGAAUAUCGGGGCAAUGAAACGGAUGAAGAGGAGGACGAGGAUAUUGGUGUCCACAUGUGGGGGAGGCGUGGAAAUAUGGUCAUGGAGGUUCCGUGGUUUAGAGAGGAGCAUCACAAUUAA